AAUCACUUUCAGCCAUCAUGGCUAUAGGGAAAUUGCAGUUCUUCAAAUGUUCGGCAGUUCUGCUGCUGGUGAGCGCAGUAAUAGCUGUUGAUCACAGUGUAUUCAAAACAUGCGUACAAAGUGGCUUCUGUCGUCGGAUGCGUCAGUUCAAAUCUCAGAAUAGCACUUUCGAGGUAGACGAGAACUCAUUGGAUAUACGAAAUAAUGUGGUGAUGAUGGAUCUCUAUGAUACCGCGACGAAUCAUUGGUACGAAUUGAGCUUGAGUUCGAUUCCUGGUAACGUUUAUCAUUUGGAAUUAAAUGAAAAGUAUCCCAUCCGAGACCGGUAUCGUGUUUCGGAUGCGGUAAUUAGUGGUUUAAACCCCCGAGAUGUACUAAUAGAAAGCUCAGAGUUCACUGUCAAUAUUCGAGAUAAAACUAGUCGAGCGGAAAUUCAUAAGAAACCGUUCAGGAUCGAUUUCUACAACCAGGAUAAAUUAAUGGUAUCCGCUAAUGCCAAGGGAAUGUUGAAGUUCGAACAUUCAAGGGAAAAGCCUUUGAAUCCAGAAGAGGGAGAAUGGGAAGAAGAAUUCAAUGGAGUCGUUGAUAGUAAACCACGUGGUCCAGAAUCGAUAGGUAUGGACUUCACAUUUCAUAAAGCUGAUAUAACGUUUGGAAUUCCGGAACAUGCUGAUGAUUUUGUAUUGAAGGAAACAAUCCACGAAGAUAGUGAUCCAUAUCGUUUAUAUGCCUUAGAUGUGAAUAGUUACGAAAUGGAUAGUAAAAUGGCAUUAUAUGGUGCGAUUCCUGUGGUUUACGGACAUGGUUCUACUGGAACGAGUGGAGUGUACUGGCAAAAUUCGGCUGAAACAUGGAUCGAUGUUUCCUAUGUGGACAGUACCUUUGUGAAUAUUUUUUCAGAGAGCGGCAUUUUGGAUGCGUUUGUAAUGUUGGGCCCUUCUCCAAUUGAAGCAUUUAAGCAGUUUGCAUCUUUAACAGGAAGCGCACCUCUCCCACAGAUGUUUGCUUUGGGUUAUCACCAAAGUCGUUGGAACUACGACAACGAAUCGGAUAUUGCCAUGAUUGAUGACAUGUUUGAAGAGUAUGACAUCCCAAUGGAUUCUAUUUGGCUGGAUAUUGAAUACACCGACGGCAAACGUUAUUUCACCUGGGAUUCGGUACACUUUCCAAACCCUUUGGAAAUGAUUAACAAUCUGACAAUGAAUGGUCGCCAUUUGGUUCUGAUAAUUGAUCCUCAUGUAAAGAUAGAUACAAAUUAUUUCUUUCAUCAGGACUGCAAUUCGAACGGAUAUUACGUAAAGGAUAAAAAUGGAUACGAUUUUGAAGGCGAAUGCUGGCCAGGUCUCUCAAGUUACACGGAUUUCUUCAAUCCAGAUGCACGAAAAUACUACGCAGACAGAUAUUUACUUCAAAAUUUCAAAUUGUCAACGCGUCAGAUUGGCAUAUGGAACGAUAUGAAUGAGCCCUCAGUAUUUAGCGGUGCAGAAAUUACAAUGCCUAAAGAUAACCUGCAUUACGGAGGAUGGGAGCAUAGAGAUGUUCAUAACAUGUACGGUUUCUAUCAUACAAUGGCGUCUUACGAUGGACUCAUGCGGCGGAACGAAGACCUGUACAGGCCAUUCGUUCUGACCAGAUCAUUUUUCGCUGGAUCUCAGAGGUAUGCUGCAGUUUGGACCGGAGACAACACAGCUGAAUGGAGUCACUUGCGUGCCUCGAUCAAAAUGUGUCUGUCGUUAUCAGUUUCCGGAAUAAGUUUCGUCGGAGCGGACGUUGGAGGAUUUUUCGAACAUCCCAGUGGUGAGCUGAUAUCUCGUUGGUAUCAGUUGGGUGCAUUCCAGCCGUUCUAUCGCGGUCAUGCCCACACUGAUACGCCCCGUCGAGAGCCAUGGAUGUGGCCUGAAAAUAUACAAAUAGCCAUACGGGAUGCGAUUCAAAAACGUUAUCGCAUGUUACCGUUUUGGUACACUUCGUUUUUUGAACAUGAACGCAGUGGAGCACCAUUAAUGCGUCCUAUGUUUGUGCAAUAUCCAUAUGAUCCAGCUACGUUCAAUAUUGAUAGUCAAUACUUAAUCGGUGAUCAGCUUCUUGUUGCUCCUGCUCUAUAUCCUGAACAGAAUAGCGUUAACGUUUAUUUUCCCGCGAAAGAUAAUGGAAAAGCAGAUGUUUGGUAUGACAUAGAUAACUAUCAAAUGUAUAGUAAAGUGGGAUUUGUGUCAGUACCAGUUGACGAGCUAAAAAUUCCGGUCUUUCAACGGGGCGGAACAAUCGUUCCGAUAAAGAGAAUUCCGCGGAAGUCUAGUGUGCUGAUGAGACAGGAUCCUUUCACCCUCGUAGUGGCCUUGAAUGAAAAUGGAUAUUCUGUUGGAACAUUAUACGUCGACGAUGAAGAGAGUAUGGCUUAUCGACAUGGAAUGUAUGCGUAUAGGCAGUAUGAAUUUAAAAAUGGAGAUCUAUCUUCAAGAGCAAUUGAUGCCGAUGCUGUAUAUGAGACCGAUGCUAAGAUUGGAUCGGUAAUCAUCAUGGGUCUUACCAAAGAAAUAACAUCAAUAACGGUGCAGCAUCUGCUGAAUUUUAGUGGAGUUGAGGUUCGGACUAUCGAUGAGGCUCUUAUACUGGACAAUCUACAACUAGCAGUCAAUGAUGAUUGGAGUAUUCAAUUAAGAUGAGUUUGUUAAUUUUGCUUAUCACCUAUAUUCUGGUUUGCGUUCGAAUGUUCUUGUGAACGAAAGCCCAAUUUCCAGCAAAAUGAAAUGGAAAAUGAUUCGAAUGAAUUAGAUUUGUUCGAAAGAAUCAUU